CGCCCUUCACAUUGGGAGGACAUCCCAGACUGAUGUGAGAGAGGAUACCGCAUCUCUCCUGAGUGCAUUGAGGACCAGAGGAGCCUGAGAGCCGAGCGUCGUCGUGGCAGUGAUGGUGGGACACCUGCUCCUCCCCCUGCUCCUCUCGGUGACGACGGCCAGAGCAAACACAUGUAGUGGCUGGUUGGGGAACCUGAGCUGUGUGGUGGACUACUUGAGUGCCGCGGACUGUGUGUGGAGGCCGGAGCCGGGCAGUCAGGACGGGAACUUCACACUGGAAAUGGUCAAGAAGAAAGUGCACCGCAGUUGCGAGCUGAGGCGGGAGGUGGAGAUUCCCGCCUUUUCCUGCAGACUGGUGUUACCCCGUAUGCGGUCUUUCCAAGAAUACCAACUGCACCUGCGCAGAUACAGGGGCCGGAACGUCACCUCCUGCAGCGUGGACAAUUACAGACCUGCCCAUCACAUCAGACCCCUGGCUCCAGGCAGCCUCUCAGCCGCCUAUAACAAAUCCAGCCAGCUCCAGUGGCGCACAGACCCCUACAACGGUAUGAUCCUCAACAAGCAACUGCUCUUCGAGCUGUGCUAUUGGCCCAAGGACAAGCUACUGGAGAAGAAGUUCAAGGAGGUAACCACCCAUCACAUGACCAUCGAGGGCUUCGAGCUGCAGCUCAAUACAGUGUACGUGGCCAGUGUACGCUGCAAACCAAACAAGGUCGACCCCUACAGGGGCCAGUGGAGCACGUGGAGCACGGAGUGCGAGUGGUCAACAGAAACAGACACAGGAGCAGGGAGCCCAACGCGAGGCGACUGGAGCCACCUGAUGCUGGUGCUGUUUAUCCCACUCUCUCUCGCUGCUCUCAUAUCCAUCAUUCUGUAUUUCAAGAUCCCAUCCCGAUUUGUCGGAAAGAUAAACCAAGUGGUGAUUCACGUGCCCAACCCAGCAGCCUUCUUCCAACCCCUCUACACUGAGCACAACGGCAACUUCAAGGACUGGGUGGAGAGUGGGGGCAGCGUGACAAUGGCUGCAGUGCCGGCGGAAGGGAAGAGACCCCUGGAGAGCGAGCUGCCAGUCAGCGUGCUGGACUCCCAGCCCAAGGCCAUGUCCAGUGUCACCUCUUGGACCCUGCUGCCCACGGGCAAGUGCUGCUCGGAGGCCGAGCUUGGCGAUGGUGACUGUCCGUGCUCGCAGAGUGAGAUCCUGCCAGGGCCUGGGGAUGAGUUGAGAUCCGCGUAUGGAUGGCAGUAUCUGGGGGGUGGGCCCCAGCUCGCCAUGGGCUCGCGUGGCUGGCUACCCCCCGAGGGCUCAUCUGUGGCUUUGCUCUUCCCGUUCCCCUGGGAUCGCGGCCCCAGCUCCUGCUACAGUGAUGAGUACUGCACCCUCUCCCACUCCGACCUGAGCCACGGGCUGCUCACGCUCGCCUCUCAGCCCCCAGCCAGCGCCGGCUCGGGAAGAAUGCCCCCUGUGGAAUGCCAGACAGGAUCGGGGAGCAGCUGGCCAGAGAGAGAGGCCGGGAAGAGUGGAGCGAUGCCGUUGGUCUGUGAAUGA